GUCUGGACGGCGUCAUUGUUCGCCGCGGCCGGGGUUCGUCCACUUUGUUCCCUCCCGUGUCAUGUCCCCUCGCCCUCCUCGGCGCGCUCCUCGUCCUCCUCGUCGCUGCUCGCUCUGCCCGCCUGUCAGUAGCCCCCGGCGGCUCGGCGUCUCGGGGCCCCGUCUUCGGAGGGUGUGUGUCGCUCUGCCGCGUCCCCUUCGGUGAACACCUCCCCCGUCCCUACCCAGCCGCCACCCCUCACCGCUGCCCCCCCCCCACUACAACUCCCCAUUUGUCCAGCGUCUUCUUCCCGGCCCGUGCUGCUGCGGAACCACGGCCCCCCCUCCUCCUCCUCCCCCACCGCUCGUGUUGAUCCCCUGUGUGGAUGCGCGCUGCGUUGUACCUCUCCUACCGGUGUAUGUAUCUUUAUCUAUCUCUCUGUCCACGUCGGUGUGUAUUAAUGGGUGUGUAAUUGCGUACGUUACUGAUGAGCGUGCAGUUAUAUGCGUGCCGCGUGUUAAGCUACAGUAUAGUAUGAAUGGACUCUGUGUGUGUACCCUGUAAGUGGCGUGCCGCGCUCUCCCGAGUUGUUGCGAUGUUACAUUACGCAACUACGGCGUGUACACCACGGCAAGUAACUGCAGUCUAUACGUACUGUAGCGCGCAUGUAUGUGCCCAGUGGUGAGACUGCGUGCUAUGUGUGUAGCCUUCUCGGCGUUUGUGGCGUGGCGGUGGUGGGGGACGUCCUCAGUGCGCGUGUCGCCUUCGUCUUUGCCACCGCUCUUCUUCGCGAUGUCCCUUUACCCUUAAAACAACGAGCACCACGACAACAACAACAACGAGCACCACAACAACCGGCAACGAGCACCCCGACCACCAACCCGGCUCGUCAGGCGGGACACGGGAAUCUAGAGAAGAAAAGGGUGGUCCAAACCCACAUCAGCAUGGGUGACCGCCUUUAAAUCUCAGUGAUGAGUUGGCUUGCAGCCUGGUGCUACUUCAGUACUCAGACACCUGUCUCUUCCCUUGCUGCCCAGCACGUUUCAAAUUUCGGAGAUGGAGUCUGGGGAGAGAAUCCCAGCCCCUACUCCCUCCUCGGUCUCCUCUCCACCAUCCGUCUCCUCCUCCCUCUCCUCUGCGUCCCUGCCUGCAUCGUCAUCCCCAUCAUCGGCAGUGGCCGCAGCAAGCAAGGCGUCUCCCAUCUCCGUGUCGGAUCUCUGCUCCACGUCUAAACCCGGCAAGGUGCCUGGAGGAAGCACCUUCGGUUUCGACGCAGCCACCCUGUUUGCAGCUCAGACAAUGCUGCGGCCGGCCACAUCGGACCAGGCGCCUUUCAGCCUCUUCCCAGGGCUGGUCCCACCUCCGUUCGGCCUGCACACCGUACCGGGCCGUGCUGAGUUCGCCAGGCUUGGUGCACUGGCGGUGGGGCCGGGCCAGCUGGCCAUUGCCACAGAUUUUCAUUUGUGCAUGCCCCUCUCCCUGGCAGCGGCCGAGUGGUUCCGGGCAUCGCACAGGGCCCCUACGGUUGCCACGGUGACGGCCACACGACCGGGCCCAUCGCUGCUCCCGCCCGCGCUGUUCGGCCUCUCCCCGCAGCUCCUGGCCGCGUCUACCUCGGCCAUCGCAUCCCAGCCGCCUGAUGGGGCCGGGGCCAGCAAGCACGCCAGCGAUGCGGCCCCUGCACCCUCGUUUGCCCCCGCGGCCGCCCCGGCAAAGACGCUGACUGCCCGCGAGCCUUUGGACCCGGCCAUGGCAUCGGCCAUGUCGCUUUCGCCCAACACGGCCAUCUUUGGGCAGAAUUCACAGAAAGGAGUCAAUGGCUCAGUGAAGGGCGGCUCCAUGGGCCGCGCCAUCCCCUGCACGAGCUCGGGCACAGGGCCGGAGCGGCCAGGCGCCAUCCACGUGCGCGACCGCAAGACGCCCCCGGCGGCCGACGGAGAGCGGAACGACAAGAAGGGCUCCCUCAAUAACGUUAAUGAAAAGGCUUCCCACGAUGCUGAGCCCCACAGCUGCAGUGAGAGUGAGAGCCACUCCGAUUCGGCGAGCGGUGGCUCCCUCCAGAGCGAGCUGAGCUCCAGCGACUCCGACUCCGACACGGACGAUGCGGAAUCCGACUCUGCUGAGACACCGCCCCGGGCUGCCCGCGUUGAGAAGCAGCAGCCGAAGGAUCUGAAAACGAAACUGGAAAAGGACUCCUCGGAUGGGGGCGGCCGCACCCAGCAUCACUUUCCUUUGCUGCCCCCUCCUCACCUGCAGCCGACGCUCGGCAAGCACCAGCUGCCCCUCCAGCUGCCGCAGCUGUACUCCCAGAUGCAGCAGCACGCCAGCGUCAUCCAGGCUCACGGCAGGCCCAUUGUCCAUGCCACACAGCAAACGCAAGCGCCCUCGAUGAGCAAGCAACCCGGCGUCAUCCAGGCCACGGGGCUCGCGAGUGCCAGGACUUCCCCGGGCACCGUCACAGCUCGACCAAAAGUUGUGGCAAGAUCCCCAGCCCCAUUGGGAGCCCUGGAUCUGGCCAGCGACAAAUCCAAUAACUGCCUCUCCCCGCCCAGCAGCGUCACACAAGUGGAGGAUGUUCUGCGACUGAAAAAGGAGCAGUUCCGGCAAGAUUUUCCCGCAAUGCUCAAGCGGCAGCAGGAAGAGCUGAAAGCAAACCGGAAGUCCACUGCCAGCAUCUCCAGCAAGGCCUUUCCAGUUAGCACAGUCACCACCCACCAGAAAAUGGCCCUGGCCUCCCCUCUCACUUCUCAAAAUGUCGUUCUCCCUCUGACUGCGAACAGUAAGCAGCCGGUACCCUCGGCCAAGCAGAAGCUCAACUUCUCCUCUGUGCCCAAUCAGAAGCUCAUGGAACAAAAAUCCAGGGCCAUGACAACUGCAAGCUGCACCUUUGGGUCCGUGGAAAAGUUUCUGUCCCAUGCAAUGACAGCACAGCUGUCAAAUGGCGUGAUAUCAUCUGUCAUACAGCAGUCGCCGCUCGCCCUUGUCAAGACCAAGGCCCUCGUGGCAUCAUCGGCGGCGCUGCCGCUGUCUCUGUCGUCCACGUCAUCAGACUCUCUACCGCAAGAUCUCACAACAACCACCAGAGCCCACAUGGCAGCCAUGGUCGCGGCGACGUCCCUGCCACCUGGCGGAAGCGGUAGCAUCAGCAGCACCAAAACCCACACCACCUCCAGCAGGAUUGUCCACCCUCCAACUUGUGGUUCUGCUAAAUCAGAUUUGUCCGCAAUGACCUUUGCAGCCUUGAAAUCUUCUGGGCUGCUGGGCCAGGUAGGGCCACUGUCAUCACCCAGCCCCAGCACCAGCCUCUGCGCCGAUGGCAAGGGGAAAUUCACGAUGGGCUUGUCAGCUACCCAGAGAAGUGGCCGUGCAAAGCAGCCGCAUGGGACGGAUAAAGGCAAGCAUGGGACGAUGGCGCAGACCCUGGUGGCGAAGUUUCGUGGUGUUGAGGCACUAAACCCAAGCAGCGAUGACUCGGAUGACUCUGAUGAUGAUGAUGACGAUUUGGACAAUGAGGAUGAAGACGAUGAUGAUGGGGAGGAGAGCCAGUCGGAUUCCGACUUGGAGACGGACAGUGAAGGCAGCGACACGGAGGGCAAGGGUGCCAUGGACGACACAGAGACAGACACCGAGGGAGAGAGGACCCCGCACAACCUUAGCCACUCCGCGUCUGGCCUCACGCCCACCACCUCUGCCGCGCUGCCGUCCUCCUCCUCGUCGGUGUUAGGAGCCACAGUGUCCUCCCCGCUGGCUGCCACGUCCCUGGGCUUCCACGGAUACGCCGUUGUCGCCAGGACGCCGAGCUCAGCGUCUGCUGCUCUGCUGGCAGGACUAUCGUCGCCCGGCACCCCGCACAACGCCUUCACCAUGGUCACUCCCGAGAGCAUGGCCAAGAGGAGGAGGACAGCAGAUGAGAGGGAGCUGAGGGUCCCCUUGGACCAUGGGUGGCGGAGAGAAACUCGCAUCCAAACCAUCGGGGACAGACUUCACGGAGAGGUCCUCUACUACACUCCUUGUGGGAGAAAACUGCGCCAGUACCCAGAGGUCAACAAGUUCCUCACACGUAACAGGAUCACAGACAUCAACCGCCAGAGCUUCAGCUUCAGUGCCAAAAUGCGAGUCGGGGAUUUUUACGAAGCCAGGGAAGGCCCCCAGGGAAUGCAGUGGUGCCUUCUGGGAGACGCGGAGAUUGCGAUGCGGAUCAAGGCAAUGGAGGGGCGGCGAGGGCGUCCGCCCAACCCUGAGAGGCAGCGGAGACGUGGGGAGCACAGCCAGGACUCGCCGCAGGGUGCAGGCCUGGGUCUGGCUCCAGGCCUCUCAUCGGGCACAGGACGCCCGCGGCGACGCAAGGGGCGGCCGCCCAACGUGGAGCGAGCGGAGUACGCGCGCCGAGCCGAGUCCCUCAAGCUGCUCAAGCGACUGGAGGCCCAGGCUAUUGCGCGACAAGCGGCUGAGAUGAAGCUGAUGCAGAAGCUGGAGAAGCAGGCCAGGCUUCAGGCUGCCAAGCACGCUCGGCGGCAGCAGGCCAUGCAAGCAGCAGAAGUGAAGAGAAAGCAGAAGGAGCAGAUGAAAAUGCUUAAGCAGCAGGAGAAGAUGCAGAAAAUUGAGCAGCAGCGGCUGGAGAAGGAGAUGCGUGCGCAGCAGAUUUUGGAGGCCAAGCGUCGCCGGAGGGAGGAGGCAGCCAAUGCCAAAGUGAUGGAGGCAGAGCGGCGAGCCCAGGAGAAGGAAAUGAGAAGGCAACAUGCCGUGCUGCUGAAACACCAGGAGAUGGAGAGGCAUAGGCUAGAUAUGGAGAGGGAACGAAGGAGGCAGGAGCUGCUGUUGUUCAAGGCUCUUGAGGCUCAAAAGAAGGCUGAGGAGAGGGAGCGCCUGAAGCAGGAGAAGGUGCAGGAGAAGCAACUCAACAAGGAGCGCAAGAUGGAGAUGAGGCGGCUGGAGAUGCAAAUCGCCAUGGAGCUCAAGAAGCCCAAUGAGGACAUGUGCCUCUCGGAGCACAAGCCCAUGCCGGAUCUUCCUCGGAUGCCGGGCCUCGUGUUGCCUGGCUCGGCAUUCGCCGACUGCCUCAUGGUUGUGGAGUUCCUGCGCAGCUUCGGCAAGGUGCUGGGCCUAGACGUGGUGCGCGAGGUGCCGAGCAUCGCCGCACUGCAGGAGGGCCUCCUGAACCGUGGCGACACGGCCACGAGCGAGCUGCUUGACCUCACGAUGCGCCUCCUGCGUGCCGUGCUGCGUGACCCGGGGCUGCCCCAUGCCUUCAAGGACGCAACGGUGUUGGGCUGCCGCCUGCGUGACAUGGAACUAACGCGGGAGACCUUGUCUGAGGUUCUGCGGAUUUUCCUGGAGGCGCGAAGCUUCUCGGCAGCGUUGGUGUCCAGCUUCCGCACCAAGGCGUUCCUGGCGCACACGCCGAGCCAGAAGGCAUCCGUGCUAGCCUUCCUGUGCGACGAGCUGCUAUGCAGCCGCACCGUCACCUCAGAAAUUGACAAAAACAUCGAUCACAUCUCCAGCUUGAGGAGGGACAAGUGGAUUGUCGAAGGCAAGCUGCGAACGCUCCGGAGCAAACACUCGCGCCGAGGUGGCCGGCGCUACAGCUGCGUCGCCAAUGUGGAGGAGGGUGAGGAGCGUCAGGGCUCCGGAGCUGGCGCUGCCGCCACUGGGCGCAAGCGCAAGCGGAGGUCGGGGACGCCGUCCGGGGGAGUGGCCGGAGAGAGCGAUGAUGAAGACGAUGAGGACGAUGACGACAGCGACCCAGAGCAGGACGAGGAGGAUGAGGAGGACCGUGAGGAGCGGGAGGAGCGUGGCAAGCGGCGGCGCAACGAGCACGCCACGGACGAGGAAGAAAAAGAGAUGGCGGCCAGCUCAAAUGAGUUCCAGAAACAGAUGGAGAAGUUGAAUAAGCAACAGAACCUGUACCGGCGCAAGCUCUUCGAGGCGUCGCACAGCCUGCGCGCGCUCACCUUCGGCCAGGACCGGUACAGGCGCCGAUAUUGGGUGCUGCCGCACUGUGGGGGGCUUUUUGUGGAGGCCAUGGAGAGCGCCGAGGGCCCGGAGGAGAUGAGGAAGGAGGAGGAGAGGGAGCUUGCUGAGAAGGAGAGGGGCGAGGAGCCUCAGAUGAAGGAAGAAUUUCAAUAUUCAUCCACCAGUGAAGAGAGCCAAGAGCCUCCCAAAUCACCUGCGGAAGAUGUGCAGGUGGAAAAUGAAACGACAGGCAUGAGUGAGGAUGCUGAGGAGGAGCAUGCUGAGGAGCAGAAAGAAGCGAAGGAGGAGCAGGAGAGGAUUUGCCCUCCACCAACGAACUCUUUUUCCGUUGUCUCGUUGGUAUCAACCCACAAGCCAAUGGUGAUUGUGGACAGCAGGCCGGCAGAGCAGCAGGAAGAGUGGAAGCUGCAUGGGGGCAGUGGUGGGGGUGGCAGCGGAAACCUCUUCCUGCAGAAACCGGGCUCCUUGUCCAAGUUCAGCGAGCUCCUUGAAGUGGCCAAGAUGGCGCCCGAGAUGGACACAGUCUCCAGUGGUCAGGCGUCUGCAAAUGGCGUCAACUUGGCCGAUUCCUCCUCCUCAUCUUCGGCCAACAAUAGCCCUGCCCACAGCAGGCUGAGCUCUCCGACGCCAUCCACAACCACCUCGCAGCAGGGCCUCAAGAUGGAGCCCAUGCUCAGCUUCUCCGACUUUAGCACGGGAGUCCUGUUUUCGGCCGAUCAGCUGCUCAAAGAGCUCUCCGAGAAAGCCAAGGCCGGGGGGCGCUUUUACAGCUCAGGCAGAGGCGCGUCCGGCAGUGAGGAGACGUCGGCCACCGAGGGUGCAUCUCGGUCAUCGCCGGUGACGACGCAGAGCGGUCAGAUGUUGAGCAUGGCCUCGUUGCACAGUGGCCUGGCUCUCAACCCCUUUCAGCUGCCGGCCUCCUCCACGUUGGCAGCCUUGCAACUCAAGUCCGGGCUGCCCCUGCUGGGCCUGCCCCUGAGUGGGUGGCCUCCAACAAGCCUUCUGGGUGCCAGCCUGCCCUUCCCCAGCUCCCUGUUGGGCCUGGGCUUCAGCUUGCCGCCCAGCUCGACCGCUCAGCCCGUGCUGCUGAACCCCGGUCUGACGCUGGCCGAGAGCCAGGCGAGGUCGGGCAGCCACGGUCUCCAGGCGGGCCAGGGCGGCUCGAGCUCGGCCCCCAGCGCGGAGGACAGCGCCCAGGCCGGCACCUCCACGACGCCGCAGCCGGAGGUGCAGAAGCAGAACGAUUACUCCACGCCAAAGCCUAUACCCCAAGAUCUGCGGCAUGGCUGGUGGCGCGUAACCGACACGGAUACCAUCCACUCCGUGCUGAAGGCGCUGCACCCUCGAGGCAUCCGGGAGAAAGCGCUUCAGAAGCAGCUGCAGAAGCACCUCGACUACACCUGCCAGGCCUGCGCUAGACACCGGGACAUGUUACCAGUGGCAAAAGGGGACAAGGGGGAGAAGGCAGAGUGUGUGUUGCGUCGGGAGGUGGCCAGCUGGUCAGUGGAAGAGCAGGCAUUCCAGGUCGACCUGGCGGUGUUGCGGCUGGUGGAGGAACUGGAGGAGAGAGUGGCUUCUGCGAGCAUGCAGGUCAAGGGCUGGCGCUGCCCGGAAAGAGCAUCAGAGAGGAAGAACCUCGUUUAUCACAACCGUGAGCCUUUGCCCUUGGCCUGGUGCAGCAGCGAGUCGAGGGGCAAGGGGGGCAAGGCUACGAAAAGCCAAGGAGAGAAGGCUAAGCGGGACCCCGGGGUCAGGCUGAAGGUCGAAGACAUGGAAGACGGGGACGAGGUCAGAAGCGACGGGCCGCCGGUUGACAUCAAAGUUAUCGACGCUUAUGAGAGCAAAAGCUGCCCUACGGGGGACAUCAUUGAUUGUGAAGCCAUGGAGAUGAAAAGCAUCAUUAGGGGCGAGGCAGGAAGCGAGAAGGAAGAAAGCAAAAGUGGCACCGCAGUGGCCGAAGGGAAGCAUGAAAAACUUGAGCGAAAGGGCAGCUCAUCGUGCGAAGCGGCGGCGUCGCGAGCGGUCGAGGAAGUGGAAAGGUGCCCAAUCCGCCGUUCGGACGAUAAUCCCCUGGACCUGGCCACUGUGCGUCUUGCUGCUCUGGAGCGCAACAUCGAGCGGAGAUACCUGCGCAGCCCACUCAGCACCACCAUCCAGAUCCAGCUAGACAAUGUGGGAACUGUCACCGUCCCGGCACCAGCUCCAUGUGAAAGCACCCAGUGGGAUGGGGGGGAGGAGGAGAUUGCCCCUGGCCUGCGGGAUUGGAGAAGGGCCCUGCUGUGUGCUCAGAACGCCUCGCAGGUGGCGCUGUGCCUGCAGCAGCUGGAGAAGGCCAUCGCCUGGGAGAAAUCCAUCAUGAAAGUGUUUUGCCAGAUGUGUCGCAAGGGCGAUAACGAGGAGCUUCUUCUCCUGUGUGAUGGCUGUGACCGUGGCUGCCACACAUACUGCCACAAGCCAAAGCUUCCUGCCAUCCCCGAUGGAGAUUGGUACUGCCCGGCCUGUAUAUCCAAGGUAACGGGAAGCCGCGCGGCACCUCCAUCUUCCACUACCGUCACAUCCUUCUCCUGCUCCUCCGCCCCAUCGCCCGACAAGCUGCAUGCCGCAUCAGCUCCAUCCCCCGCUCUUGCUGCCGCCGCCACCACCACCACCCCCGGCGCUACCACCGCUGCUUGGGUUCACCACAUUCCUGCCAGUGGGCAGUCUCCCAAAGCAGGAAAGACAAAAUCACCACGUGGUCGCAAGAACAAUAGCGAGGGCGGCUCCGCAGCAAAGAAAAGCUGCGGGCGCAGUGCCAAGUCAACCUCCGUGCUUUCUCCUCCACUGCCACCACCUCCUCCCCCUCUUCCACCUCCUCCUCUGCAACCUCCUCCUCUGCAAUCACCACCUCUGCAACCUCCUCCUCCUCUGCAACCUCCUUUGCAACCUCCUCUUCCUCUGAAACCUCCUCCUCCUCCUCUGCAACCUCCUCCUCCUCUUCAACCUCCUCCUCUGCAACCUCCUCCCCCUCUGCAACCUCCUCCUACUCUUCCUCCUCCACCACCACUGACUCUUUCCAUCCCCACCGCCACCUCGUCGGUCUCCUCUUCCCCAUCCGGGAGUACUGCCACGCCGGCCACCACGGAUACAGAGGGGGACAGCCCCCGCAAAGGUGGCAGGGAAAUGCGCAAGCGCCGCUUCCGUGAUGACGACCUGGAGGCCGCCCUGCUGCUCUCACUGCGGGAGAGCAUGCAGGUGUCGGGAGGCGAGGGAUCCUCACCAUUCCAAUCCCCGGCACAGUCGCCAUCUCCCAGCAAAAAAGCACGGAACAAGGAGGCGAGUUUGGACCUCACGCCGUGCAGGACGAUCCUGUCUGAGCUGGAGUCCCACCAUGAUGCAUGGCCAUUCCUCCUGCCCGUCAACAGCAAGAUGGUGCCAGGAUAUCGCACCGUUAUCCGGAGGCCUAUGGACUUCUCCACCAUGCGCAACAAACUAGAGAGUGGGCAGUACGCCACUCGCGAAGCGUUCGUGGCCGAUGUGCGUCUUGUGUUCAAGAACUGUGAGCGCUUCAACGAGGACGAGUCUGACGUGGGGCAUGCCGGCCACGGCAUGCGGUGCUUCUUCGAGAGCCGUUGGGUGGAGCUGACUGGUGGGACCUGAACAGGGCUCCAAACUGCCGCCAACCCUUAGCCCUUCUUGGGCAGGGAAUACACAACAAGCCUUACUUAGGGGAGACAAACACAUGCUCAUUUGAGGCAUUUUAACACAAGGUAUCAUGACCAAACUUGUGUUCAUUUCUGUUUCGGUUAGACAUUUCACCACAAAACCAUAAUCAUGUAUGUGCCCCCUUGUGCUGUGUUGGUCUUAUGCCUGUAAUAGUACACACUGCUUUAAAAGGUGCAUAUUGGCGAGUGACUGCUCUGAUUUCAGUGAGGCUGCCCAAUAGGGCCUCAAUAACUCACCAGCUGACCCAGAUUGUGAAACACUGUAAUAAAUGAUGCUGACUUAGCAUGCAGGAUGUGAAACUAUGAUGCAUUAUCCAAAAAAGCAUUAGAGCAAAGGAACCAGAUCUAUUUUGGAUUUCAAAGGCAUCAAAUAAAGUCCAAAUAUAGUCAGUGAAUUUUAGGCCAGAGUUAAUGAAGCUGUAGGAGACAGAAUGUCGUUAUUUGAUAUGUUUCAUUUCAAAUAAGCAGCAUGAUGUUGUUUACAUGCAGACCAAAUUAUAGUUUGGUAUUUUUGCAGCAGAUGUGUAAAGUGACUCACAUUGACUUGUGUAUAAAACACAGGUUAAUGGCAUGAUAGCACUAAAUAGUAAUUAUGUUGUUCAGUGACCGCGUAUAACUCACUGAAGAUGAAACUAGUAUGAUUCUUAGGAUUAUUUGUUAUUUAAUUACAUACUGGCACACUCUCACACACACGUUUAUAUGAAAGAACUAAACAAAUAUCACUUGUCAAUUACAAUCUAGUGACAGUUUAACAUUCACAAGUUACAAACUGUGUGAGGAAUUCCCAGGUGCGUGUGUCAUAAAGUAUGAACCCCUUGCCGGGCACUCUACCGCAUACUGUAUUAAAGUCGGAUCAGUUUUCCAGAACCAGGACUGGAAAAUAAAAGCGACGCAUUCGAGCGAAUGUUGUAAAGGAACCAUUUGCACCGUACUGCUGCGCGGUGAGGAUUUUUUUCUUGGUGAUGCUGACAUGUUUACUGUAGUCUCAAGCCGCGUGGAUGUGAUAUGCAGCAGGGCAUUAAUCGGGUAGGGAGGGAGCACGAUGUCCUGCCUGCCCACCACUCCACUAUACUUUGUGCUGUUCAGAAUGGGCCCAGGACUGAAAGUGCUCCCUUACUACCACCGGUAAUAGAAUUCGUGUCCGUUACCCGUUUCCAUGGUGGAGGAUGUAUUUUCCUUUGGCAACUAUAGCAGCAGAGUCCUUGUUCCUCUAAUCAUGUAUGCUGUGGUCUGUUGGUCACAAAGCCCUGUGGUUGUGUAAAGCAGGUUAACGUCACACACAUAGGUUAUGAAACUAUCGUUUUCUUAUGUAUUGAAUGUCUGUAGAGGUUUACAGCGAUGUAAAUUAAUUUUUUAUUAUUUGUUGUGUUUGUAUUUAUCACUAAGCGUUUGACGGGUCGUUUUUUUCGUAGAAUGCAUCGGUUUGUUGAGUAAAAAAAAAUAAUGUAAGUUUAUUUGUUUACAAGAUGCUACUCCGCGGAACAAGAGUGCUCACUGGGCUUGGACAGGGGGCUGCUGCUCCCUUGCCUGCCCCAUGGUCAGAGGGAAGAGCAUGCAGAUGCCUCUGAAAAUCAUGCUAAUCCUAUAUGUACAUAUACAAAGUAUUGGUGCGGUUAGAAUAAACUUUGUACAUAUCCUUCGCACAACACACUAAGUAAAUGGUAUUAUUAGUAUUGCCUUAGAAGCCGAGUCUCUAUUGUCACGAUGAUUGUAGUCGAUUGAGUACAAGGCACUGUAUAUACCUUGUUCAAAUACAUGUAGAUACUGUAUGUCCAAUGUCGGAUGUUUUGCAUAAUGUACUGUAUUUUGGUGUGGGGGGGGAGUUAGGGAGGCAAGUGGGAAAUGGAGUGGAAAUGAGUCUUUGACUUUUAAGUUUCAUCUUGUUAAAAAUGUGAAAUUUGGAUUCAUUGCGUUGUUGGUUUUUAUGAUUUCAAGUUUUGUUGGUGUAAUGUUUAGCUGCCCACUUUGCUCUCUUGGGUCUGUGUUCUGGAGGCUCCUGGUGGGCUGUGCCAGCUUUUUCUUGGUGCUGCUCCAUGAUCCCAUGUGUCAAGUCACACCUGUCCCUGGCUGACCGUCUGGCUAUUGCCCAGUUUUGUCCUCUACAACCCAGAGAUCCCUUAUGCCACUAUGGGAGUGCCCAACAUUUUAAUGCCAUGCGUCUUUUGGGGACAAAAGUGACAUACUGUAUUUAAAGAAUAUAGUAGCUGUCUUUUGAUUUUUAGGGGUAUAUUUUACAUGGCUAUGUGUGCUAUGGAUAAUAAAAGCUUUUUUUUCUGUA